AUGAUAUUUGCUGUGGAGGAGAUUAACGCAAGUCCAGACCUUCUUCCCAACAUCACAUUGGGCUUCAAGAUUAUCGAUACCUGUAGUGUCCUGAGACGGGCAGUGGAAGGGACUCUGUGGAUGUUAUCAGGAGGGAGUGAGAGCAUCCCAAAUUACCAAUGGCAAGAGCAAUCACACUUAGCCGGCAUCAUUGGUGACUCUGGAUCAACAAGGUCCAUCAUUAUGGCCCAUAUAUUGGGACUCUAUAGAUAUCCACAGAUCAGUUAUUUUUCUACUAGCCCAUUUCUGAGUAAUAGGAAUCAGUUCCCUUCCUUCUUCCGGACAAUACCUAGUGAUGAGUUUCAAUCUCGAGGUCUAGCUCAACUCAUCUCAUAUUUCGGUUGGACCUGGGUUGGUCUGUUGGCCACUGAUAAUGACUAUGGACUAAUUGGUAUCCAAGUGGUUAAACAUGAAAUCUUAACAUCUGGAGCAUGUGUGGCCUUUGUUGAGAAUAUCUUGACUAGUCACCCAACCAAAAAUGCCCCACAUAUUGUUCAGGUUAUCGGAAUGUCAACAGUCAAUGUUGUAGUAGUUUUGUCUUCUGAUUCUGACUUCAUGCCAGUGUUGGAAGAGUUACUAAGACAAAAUGUAUCUGGGAAAAUUUGGGUAGCUAGUGAAUCUUGGUCAACAUCUGCUCUUCUGUCCAAGGAAAGGUUCAACAAAAUUUUGAAUGGCACAAUAGGAUUUGCAAUCCAUGGUGGCCAGAUGCCAAGAUUUCCAGAGUAUCUCAGCAGUCUUUAUCCUUCUAAAUACCCAUCUGAUGGCUUUGUGAAGGAGUUUUGGGAGCAAAUAUUCUCUUGUGAGUGGUUUGGGAAAACGGACAAUAACACCACACAAGAAUGUACAGGUGAAGAAAAACUUGAGAGCUCAAUAACUAAUGCAGAUCUUAGAAUUACAUUCAAUGUCUAUACUUGUGUUUACACAUUUGCCUGGGCCUUGCAAAGUCUUCUGCAGUGCCAACCUGGUGCUGGACCAUUUCUUCACAAAGAAUGUGCUAAUAUCUUAUCUUUUCGACCUUGGCAACUACUUUAUUAUGUAAAAACUGUUAAUUUUCUAGUCAAUGACAGAACACAUAUUUUCUUCAAUGAUAAAGGGGACCCUCCAGCAAUAUAUGAUAUUGUGAAUUGGCAGUCAGGGGCCACAGGAAAUUUGGAGCAGGUUAUAGUUGGAAUUUAUAAUUCAAAUGCCCCACGUGGAAAUACUCUUAUUUUAGACAGUUCUGCUAUUAAAUGGAAUACGAGGGAUGCACAGGUGCCAUACUCCCAGUGCAGUCCAAGUUGUCCGUCAGGGUUUCAAAAGGUAACAAUACCAGAGAAACCUACCUGCUGUUAUGAAUGCAAUCCAUGUCCUCAGGGGAAAAUCUCUAAUCAAACAGAUGCUGUUGAGUGUCAACAAUGUUCCUGGGACAUGUGGCCAAAUCAAGAACAGGACAGAUGUCUACCCCGCACUAUUGAAUUUCUGUCCUACAAAGACCCAAUGGGUGUGAGCUUGGCAGCCAUUGCUCUUUUCUCUUCUACAGUCCCUUUUUGCAUUCUGAUGGUCUUUUUCUGCCACAGAACUACUCCAAUAGUUAGAGCCAAUAACUGGUCUCUCAGUUGCCUUCUUCUAGUUUCUCUCUCCUUUUGCUUUCUUUGCGGCCUAGCUUUUAUCGGCUACCCACAAGCUGAGAUGUGCCUGCUGCGCCAGGUGGCAUUUGGGAUGGUUUUUUCAAUCUGCAUUUCCUGUGUCCUCGCAAAGACUGUCACUGUUGUAAUUGCCUUCAAAGCAACCAAGCCAGGCUCAAGGUUAAGAAAAUGGACAGGGAUUAAGAUCUCUUACUCUGUCAUGGGACUUUGUGUCUUUAUUCAGUUAUGUAUCUGUGUAUCAUGGCUCUCACUUUCCCCACCAUUCCAAGAAUAUGAUAUUCAAACACAAUCUGGAGUUAUCAUCAUUACCUGCAAUGAAGGGUCAUCAACAGCUUUCUGGUGCAUGGUGGGAUAUCUUGGCUUACUGGCCACUAUUAGCUUUAUUGUUGCAUUCUUGGCCAGACGCCUUCCAGACAGUUUCAAUGAAGCCAAGUCCAUCACAUUUAGCAUGCUGGCCUUCCUCAGUGUCUGGGUGUCCUUUGUUCCAGCUUAUCUUAGUGCUCGUGGAAAGAACACAGUUGCCAUGGAGAUCUUUGCCAUCAUUUCUUCCAGCUGGGCUGUGGUCAUCUGUAUCUUUGUGCCAAAAUGUUUCAUUAUAUUAUUCCAACCCAACAUGAACUCCAGAAAGUAUCUCAUGAAGAAAGACAUAGGACAGAAAUAA